AUGACUUUAUCAUUGGUUGACUUUGACUUCCCACCCAUCUUUUUAUCCGACACCUCUCCACCUCCUGGUGAUCUUCCUGAAGAAUUACAACUGAAGAAUCUUCAAAUUGACAAUAAACGAAUCAAUUCGAUGAUGGCAAUGGACGAAUCAACGAUGGUAAUGGGACGAAUCAAUGAUGCCACUGUGCGGAAAAGAGUCAGGAAGAAAGAUAUUGAAAAUGGUAGAUGGGCUAAUCUUCCAACAGAACUUCUUGAGAUUAUUUCCAAAAAUCUGAAUAUAGCAGACUAUCUCAGGUUCGGUGAAGUUUGCAGAAGUUGGAGAUCAUUUUUUUCAGAAUACAAGCAAAACUUCAUGGCAUCACAAUCACCGCUUAUCCUUAAUAUCUCAAAAAAUGCUGGGCAAUCUUGCGAUUUCGUCGAAUUAGAUUCCGGAAUCAGAUACAAAAGACAACAAUUCAAAUUCUAUCGCACGCCCAAAUUUUCUGAUAGUGUCCGAAUAUGUAAAGAUCGUGCCAUCUUUGCUUCCAUCGGGUCUCAAGAUCAAGAUCAAGAUUUUGCUUCCAUUGGGUCUCAAGAUCAAGAUCAAGAUUUUGCUUUAGUGAUUCUGUCUGAUUCGAAGGCAAGCUUAGAAUUGUAUACAUCCAGAGAAGACCAGUGGAAAGAUUACUCUUAUACAGGCAAGCAUUGGCGUAUAUUGGAUAUGAUUGUCUUUGAUGGAAGCAUAUAUGUUGUAACAAUUGAUAAUAAAAUCGGGAUAUUCAAUGUGAGAUCUUUAGUUGUGAAGUUUCUGAAUCUAAAAUCUGCUCCUAGUUUGAGCUGGCGAAUUAGGUUGGUGGUUUCAAAUGAUCAGCUUUUCGUAGUAGAUUUUAUCACCUUGUGCCCAGUUAAAGUUUACAGAAUAGAUUUUUCAACUAUGGAAUGGGUUGGGGUUAAAGAUUUGGGUGGCCAAGCUUUGUUCAUUGAUUUACGUGGGGAGAGAUGUUUCAAGUUAAUGAAGUCUGGAGGACGAAGUAACCAUGUUUAUGUGCUCUCAGACUAUGAAUGUAAGAUAUACCCUUUCAAUGAUGCUGAACAUACAACUUUUCUUAGUUGUAAAUGGAAAUUUAGAGCCAAAACCUACUGCUGGUAUUUUGUAGACACAUCAAAUAGUAUUGACAAUAUAAGGGAUGACUGA